AGGGAUGAACUGGUCGGGGCUAGAGAGUCUAUUAAGUGGAGUCAACAAAUACUCCACUGCAUUUGGGAGGAUCUGGCUGUCCAUGGUGUUUGUGUUCCGCGUGCUGGUGUUUGUGGUGGCAGCGCAAAGGGUCUGGGGUGAUGAGAGCAAAGACUUUGUGUGUAAUACCCGACAGCCUGGCUGUACCAAUGUCUGCUACGACCACAUCUUCCCCAUCUCCCAUAUCCGCCUGUGGGCACUGCAGCUGAUCUUCGUCACCUGCCCAUCUUUGAUGGUGAUGGCUCACGUUAAAUACCGCGAAGGGAAGGACAGAAAAUAUGUGGAACUGCACAAUGGCUCACAUCUGUAUGCUAACCCUGGCAAGAAGAGAGGGGGGCUGUGGUGGACUUAUCUGCUAAGUUUAAUCUUCAAAGCUGGAUUCGACAUAUCAUUUCUCUAUAUCCUGUAUCGGAUAUACCAUGGAUAUGAUCUGCCAAGGAUAUCCAAGUGCUCACUGGAACCAUGCCCCAACACGGUCGAUUGCUUCAUUAGUCGUCCAACGGAGAAAAAGAUCUUCAUGCUGUUCAUGGUUGUGUCCAGUACGCUGUGCAUCUUCAUGUGUAUUUGUGAGAUGAUAUAUCUCGUCGGCAAGCGCAUUGCCAAAGUGUUACAAGUCAGACAUGAUAACCAGAGGCUCCUGUUUGCUGAGCAGCAUGAGCUCAACAACAUUGCCCCACCCAGGUCCCAGUACCGAAGGACUGAUCCAACACUGGCAGAGAGCCAGCUGAGUUUAAACCGGAGGGAGAAGGCCACAGAAUAUGCAACAAGUACGACCCUGUAGGCCCCAAAUGUCACCAAGCUGGAUUUUUGUUAACAGAGUUAACUAAUAUACCUGUUACAGUAAAAGACACCAGAAACGGCAGUGUAAUGAUGACUGAAUGUGUGCAACAGAUUCUGUGUUGGAAGGAUCACCAACAACGUCUGGUUGUACGCUAUAGGAUAUUGUACAAAGAAGAGGACUCCUAGU